GCGCGCGGCGCUCGCUUGAAGCGGGAGCGCGUUCCUGCCUGAGGAGACCCAAAAGCGAGUGGCCGAGGCCGCCCCUGCCGCCAUGGCCGCCUUGCGCUAUGCGGGCCUGGACGACACGGACAGCGAGGACGAGCUGCCCCCGGGCUGGGAGCAGAGAACCACCAAGGACGGCUGGGUUUACUAUGCCAAUCACACUGAGGAAAAGACCCAGUGGGAACAUCCGAAAACUGGAAAAAGAAAACGAAUAGCAGGAGAUUUACCAUAUGGAUGGGAACAAGAAACUGAUGAGAACGGACAAGUAUUUUUUGUCGACCAUAUAAAUAAAAGAACUACCUAUUUGGACCCAAGAUUGGCAUUUACUGUGGAUGAUAACCCUACAAAGCCCACCACCAGACAGAGAUACGACGGCAGCACCACCGCCAUGGAAAUACUCCAGGGCCGGGAUUUCUCUGGCAAAGUGGUGGUAGUUACUGGAGCUAAUUCAGGAAUAGGGUUUGAAACUGCCAAGUCUUUCGCCCUCCAUGGUGCACACGUGAUCCUGGCCUGCAGGAACAUUUCAAGGGCCAAUGAAGCUGUGUCACGCAUUUUAGAAGAAUGGCACAAAGCCAAGGUAGAAGCAAUGACCCUGGACCUUGCUCUGCUCCGUAGCGUGCAGCAUUUUGCCGAAGCGUUCAAGGCCAAGAAUGUGUCUCUUCACGUGCUUGUGUGCAACGCAGCGGCUUUUGCUCUGCCCUGGAGCCUCACCAAAGAUGGCCUGGAGACCACCUUCCAGGUGAAUCACCUGGGGCAUUUCUACCUUGUCCAGCUCCUCCAGGAUGUGCUCUGCCGCUCAGCCCCAUCCCGCGUCGUGGUGGUCUCCUCGGAAUCCCAUAGAUUUACCGAUAUUAACGAUUCCUCUGGAAAAUUGGACGUGAGCCGCCUUUCUCCAACAAAGAACGAGUACUGGGCCAUGCUGGCGUACAACCGCUCCAAACUCUGCAACAUUCUCUUCUCCAAUGAGCUGCACCGCCGCCUGUCGCCUCGUGGGGUCACAUGCAACGCCUUGCACCCUGGAAACAUGAUGUACUCCUCCAUCCACCGCAACUGGUGGCCCUACACGCUGCUCUUCACCUUGGCCAGGCCAUUCACCAAAUCCAUGCUAUCAUCUGUACCCUCAUGGCCACAGUUCUCCCAAACCACCAAGACUUGCUAAUUAAUAUUUUCACAAGAACAUUCGUCACAUGGGUCCAGAUUUCAAAGGAAUAAAAAUACAGCCUUUGUUCUUGGAGACACUUUAUCAUAUAGCUGGAUAUGCAUCCUUUGACCACCUGUUUCAGAAAAUACUUAGAUCCUGUUUGACCUUAACGUAAGACAGUUGAGCUGUUACUGAUGCUUUUCUGCCUUUUCACAAUUAAAUAUAAAAAUAAGUCUCAUGCCACUGGAUUAGUCUCUCGCCAUUCAAUGAUAUUGUCUAUAUAUACACCCAAUCUAAAUAUAUCAGUAAGAUGGAUAGAUGAUAAGUAAGUAGGUAGGUAGCUGUUAAGAACUGUGUGAAAGAAAUUCAUUUCCAGCUAUGGGUAAUUUGGGAAAAGAUCAAUAUGAUACAUCAACAUUAUAAAUAAAUGAAAAUGAAUGCAACUUUGUGGUUUUCUGAAAGCCUUGUAGUCGGUGUGGCUUCCAGAAUUGCAUCUCUGACACCUGGAACAUGUGUUACAUGCUGCAAAAGGCUUGUUGGUGAGCAGGUUUCAUGGUGAAGGUACUUCCCCAUAAAUAAGUAUCAUUUAUAAUGCUGUUAUAGCUUUGCUGAUUGUUAAUAUUACUUAUGACGUGUCUUGCUUUUCUGAAGCCUCCACUACAAAACAAGACACUGUGGUAAGGUUACGUCAGACCUCAUCUGCAUUUUUUUCUUUGUCCUUUUCUAAGUUUUGGUUUCUUCCUCCUUUUCUCCCUCCCCUAUUCUUUCUUUUCUCCCUCCCUCCUUUUUCCAUCCUUCUUUCUUGCUUUUUUUUAAAUAUUGUCAGCAACUCCAUAUUCUCAAUCCUAUUUUUCUUUCUGUUUCUAUUUUUCAGAGCAGUUAAAAAUCCAUGUAACGAUUCAGCAAUAAUUAUGAAGCUCCUGCUCUAUAGAUGUUACUUUAUUAAGCACUAGGGAUAAAAAAGGCAGGUUUUGCUUUGUUGGUAAGAAACUCAUAGCUUAGUCAAAGAGAUAGUACUUAAAUAAAUUACAGUGGAGUGUCACAAAAAUAUGUUUUAGGCUGGGGGACAUGGAGCAAGGAGUGCAAAGGCAGGGCAUGCUCAAAGACAAUAUCUUUCAACUCAAUUGAAGGGUGAACAGAGUUCACAUGGCCAUACAAUAAGGGAGAGUGUGGCAUUGCCAAGGCAGUGCAGGUAUUUAUUCCCAAAGGGAUGUAAACUUGGGGUAGGAAGCUUCACCAUUUGAGACUGGUGAGGGAGAAGGGCCUCUGGAGAGGGGCAGACAUGUACAGUGAGAACAUGAAGGUGUUUCUAGUUAGAAGCAUAAGCCAGACUAACAAUCCUGAUCUUUGAGAUGUGGAAUCAGAGAGUUGUGGUCUCUGAGAGACACUCCCUGUGCAUCCCAUUACUGGUGUAGAAACAGGCUGAGAAAUAUUUGCGUUUCCACCUCCUUAGAAGACAAAUACUAUCUACCUUGCAAGGCAGUUGUGAGUAAUGAAGUAAGGGAACAUUUUAAAAUUCCUUACAGUGAUUCCUGAAACAUAGUAAUGUUCAAAAUAUUUGAAAUUAGGCUGCCUUGAAGACUCACUCAGGCCUUAGGGAAACAUGACCAUUUCACUCCAAAUCACCGUCUUUAGUUCUACGUGCUGAGAUGCCAGGAUGUGGGGAGUGGUCAAUGAUGCACAGAGUUUAGGACACCCAAAAACUCCACAUUGCUUUCUCCACCAGAUUUCACAUGCUUUGAAAACAAUGGCCAUGUUUGUUGUUCCCUUCACCAGCAGAGGGUUUCAGUCAAUACUGAGCAUUAAUUAAACAUCGAUUGCCUCUGUGAUCCCAAAUAAAUUACACCUCCUAGGAACCGGUUAGGCCCGCCUGAAAAAGGAAUUCUGACCAGUGUCCAAAGGUGCUCUCAGAGACAGGCUGUCAAAUGGAAGAACCAAACAGAUGGCACAGAAAUCAUUUCUUUUUAGCAUAUGUACAUUUUUCUACAACAUUAACUGCACAAUCAAAAAGUUCUGACAUAACUAGACUCUCUGGUUCACAGAGUGUAUGAGGAAUUUAAAGUGAACAUUCAACCCCAUGGUAGCAGUGGAGAGAAAACAGGGAGGAAGAACAAACUUCUGUGAAGGGUUUUCCUAGUUAUCAUUCAUGUGAUAUUGUCACUUAGUAGGGUUUUCAUUAGAUUGAUGUGUUCUUUUAACACCACCCAAAACAUGCCUUGUCAUUUCCUUUGGCAAUAUCUACCCACCCAGGAGGAAAUUCUUCAUUGUAAGUCUGGUUUAGCUGUACCUAAGGGACACCUGUGAACUUACAGUUAUUAUUAUAUGAAAUCUUUCCCAGUCAUUUUCUGGUUUUAAUUGAUGUUGUAUUUCCUUAAUGUACAGGAUUUGGCAUGAUAUAACAAGUAUUUAAAAAAUAUUUACAAUUCUGGUCUUAUAAAGGAAAAAGUUACAUAUGGUCAUUUGAACUAAUUGCUAAAAUGACACUGCAUUAAUUAGAUAAUUAAGGGUCUUGAGCAUGUGGCUGUUGUAUUCGUUGGGCUGGAAGCCAGCAUUUUCUAUAGCUGAGAAAAUGGGUUAGCAUAAUUCAAAAUUCAAUUGCUGUACCCUUUUCAUAUGAAUAGAUAAUACAGAAUGAGUCUUAAAUCUGGAUUUCUAAAACUAACAGGAACUGGUUUUAUUUUAAUUGAGUUUUAAAACACUUCCAGGCCUCUCCUUGUCUUUACAGGUUAACCCUUUGUGGUUGCGACCACCACCUGCUAGUCUUGUCAUCUCACACAAUAUUGUAAUGAUCUUUCUAGAACUAUUGUGAACCCCUAAGAACAUAUCCUUUAGCAAUCAAUGUCUUGAGCCCUGAUCCCAAAGUCUGCUUCCCCUCUAACACCCCCACUGAAAAUAAAUGCUCUGCCUGGUUUGAGAUAAUUUAUAGCAGUAUCUUUUUUAGAUGCCUUAACUUAUCAAGGUUAUUUGUCAGGAAAAUUAUCUCUUGUAACACCAGGUUCCCUACCUUUAGAUGACAGGUCUUAAUACAGAAGUUUUCCCCAUACCAACUAGUAGUGUAAGUUGAUUUCAUAUCCUUUUAUUUUAUAAAGUUUUGCUUAUCAGGUUUGUCAUCUCUAUUUGAAAUUAAAAUGUGUGGUCUCCCGAUGACCUUAAAGUAACUGACCCCCAAAUCUAAUCACUCCCGGCGUCUGUGAAAAUCGACAAAUAUGUCAGGUAACUUGGGGCAUCAAAACAUUAUUUAAAAUAUUUCAUUUGUAGGCAAGGCAAGGAUCAUUUUCAGGUUAGUCCUCUGAGAAGUAAUGCUGGGUGCAUGAACACCUUUGUUUCUCUGCUCUAUAAUCGGCACUCAUUAUCAACGGGUUUCUAUGAGCAGAAAAUGUACAGUUAUGUGUUCUGCACGAGUAAAUUAUUGAUUGGAUUUACGGCCAGAAGAAUGUUCCUAAGUGGUCAAUACACAGCCAAAGUGUGUCAGGUGAAGGUAAAAAUAAAGUAAGAUCUAUACUUUUGAUAGCAAUUGCUGUUGGGUUAUGUCACACUUGUCUUUUGAGGUUACUGUUGGGUAUAGAUAAAAAUGCUAAUUAUAUUAAAAUGGAUGAAAAUGUGGCAUUCAAGCAAAUUCUAUAUAAAAAGGAAGUAUUACAGUUUGUUUCCAUUUAAGAUUGAUUCUGUCCAAAAUUUGCUUUUUCUUAUUAACUGUCAUUGGCUUGCCAGUGUUGUCUUUUAGUGUGUAAAGAUGGUUUAGAAAUUUGGACACGUGGUUCUAUGAAAAGCCACACACAAAACUUACCUCUCUAAUUCUUUUUUGGCCAAUGACAAUCUCAUAAAAAUGGCAUUGUCUGUUGGUUGUAGGUUAGAUCGACCUCAGCCUGGUAGCAUAGAUUUCUGCUAUAUCUUUUCCAGUACAUAAUGAAUCACCCCUACUUAAUAGUAGACUUGUUAUUAUGCAAAAUUGCAGUCAUAGAAAGGUCUGUAUCAGGUCCAACCAAACCAAACUCUGGUUCUCAGCUGCUUUCACCCCUACAUGGAUGUGCCUUGCAUUCUGUUCCUUGGUAGGUCAGUCACGAGAGGAACAUCUACUGAGGUUGAAUAGGAGCCUACUGUGCGCCAGACCUCUGCUAGUUCUUUGGCCAUGGAGAGGGUGAAAAGAAAGAUGUCACUGUCCUAAGCAGCAGUUCACUAUGUGCCACCCAUACACAAUGAACCCCCUCAAGUUCAAGUUGAAGUGAGGCAGGUGAGGAUUCACAUAUGGAGGAUGCUUAUUUCCAUUCUCAUUAAGCAGAUGACUGGCAGAAGAGUCUCAUCUUUUGUUUUUGAAGCCUGGGUUGGAGCAUCUUGUAAUGGGAAAUGUUUAAAGGUGUGUGUUCUAAAAUAAGCUGAUCUAUAAACCCAAGCAGUUGCUUUGCAUGGUGGUUCCACCAAAGAAAUGGAGCCAAGCUAGUGCUGGCACAACAACUGGCUCUCUUUGUCCUUUUAAGUCAGCUCCAAAGGAAAUCCCACAAUUUUGAGUGUAAUUCUGACAAUAUUCAGAUACGUUUUAUGCACCAAUGAUAGAACCUCACCUUAAUGAGUGUAAGAAGACACUGUCCUCCAGCAUCUUCAAAGAAGUUCAGAAUCACAAUGAAUCUAUUAAGCUGAAUCCCAGGUCAUAAAAUGGAAUAUAGAUUGCAGGUUUUGUGGGAGGAUGCACUUGGCAGUGAUUCCCUGAGCAGAGAGACUUGGAACUAUCAGGGUCCCCUGCUCCUCUUUCUAAGCUGCAAUUGAUUCAGUGAUAACAUAAUGAUAAUGCAAGUGCCUUCAGUGUCAAAGCAUCAGGCAGGGGGUGGUCUGGCCCAGGAGCAGAUAGAUGCCCUGAUGUAGUGGUAAUCCAGAGGUUUGUGAGUUAAGUGCUUCUGACAUGCAGAAUCAAGAGUCAAGGGCGAAGCUGCCUUUUAAAUGCUCUUUGUGAAGCGUCCACUGCAGAUGUAAUUGAGUCUCUCAGGUGACGAGCUUUAUUAGAGCAAAGCUGUGUAGAGUUGCAUACCUAUUUGGGUGAAUAUUUUAUGCAUCUUCAAUAACUGCUCUGUGACAUUGCUGAAGUCCCCAUCCUUAUUGUGUUCUACCAGUUCAAGAAGUAAAACACCACUGCAGAAAUGUUGUCUAAGCCUUACCAGUCAAUAUGACUGAGAGCAAUCUGUCCCAUCCCUUUAUAUUUAUAACUUGUUAUUUGUAUUCAAUGUAUGUCUUUUGUACCAGGUUCUAAGAUCUAUCAGGUCUUAUUUGUUUGUUUAAUCAAGGCCCCGAAUAACCAUCAUCAUCACCUCUUUCAUCAUCAUCAUCAACAUAGUGAUUAUUUAUUGCCAUAUGCAGUAAAUAUACGCACUGUAAGGAGAGCUUUUCAUGGGUUAUUCCCAACCCUGGAGUCAAGAGUCAGAAACACAGUGGCCAAGAGGAAAGUAUGCCUUUUGGGAU